AUGGGCACUGCUGAAGACCCGGCCUGGCUCCAGCUGCUUCAAAAGGACUCCAGCCCCCCAGGACCCCGACCCACAGCCUUCUUCUGCCCACAGGAUGGGAGCCUGGGGGCUGGCAGCCCGGCCAUGAGGGAUUACUGCCCCUCCCAGCAAAAGGCAAGCCCUGCAUCCCCCAGGUACACCCCUAACCAAAGUCCAGGCAUGGAGUCUAGACACAGAAGCCCCAGUGGGGCUGGGGAAGGGGCCUCCUGCUCUGAUGGCCCCAGAGGGAGCCUAGCCUGCCCCUCCCCAACCUGCUUCUCUCCCCAGGAGGCACCCUCCAAGGAGACACUGGAGGCACAUGGAGCCUCCAUCUCAGGGACACCAGAAACCACCAUGUCUGGGAAGCCAGAGCCUGUGUCCUCUGUGAAAACUGAGCCCAAAUCCUCAGAUGACAGAAUUCCUAUGUUCUUGGAGAAGAUGGAUUCCAAGUCCUCAAAGCAGGCUGAUUCCACUUCCAUAGGAAAGGAGGAUCCUGGGUCCUCGCAGAAGGCAGAUCCCAUGUUUACAGGAAAAGCAGAGCCUGAAAUCUUAGGAAAGGGGGAUCCUGUAGCUCCUGGAAGGAUGGAUCCCAUGACUCUAAGAAAGGAAGAUCUUGGAUCCCUGGGAAAAGUAGAUUCUUUGUGCUUCAGCAAGAUGGAUACAGUGUCACCGAGAAAAGAGGAUCCUGUGUCCUCAGACAAAGUGGACCCUGUAUUCCCAAGAAAGGAGGAGCCCAGGUAUUCAGGAAAAGAGCAUCCUGUGUCCUCAGAAAAGGUGGCUCCUACAUCUGCAGAAAAGGUAGAUCUUGUGUUGUCAGGAAAGAGAGAUCCUGGGCCCUUGGGAAAGGCAGAUCCUGUGUGCUUGGAAAGCAUGGAUUCUGUGUCCACAGGAAAGACAGAGCCUGGGCUCCUGGGCAAGCUGACUCCAGGCUCAUCAGGCAAAAAUGGGCCUGUAUCCUCUGGGACAGGGGCUCCUAGGUCCUCGGGAAGGCUGGAUCCCACAUGCUUGGGGAUGGCAGAUCCCGCAUCUGUGGGAAAUGUAGAAACUGUGCCCACCACAAAAGAGGACUCCCGGUUCCUGGGAAAGAUGGACGCUGCCUCCUCAGGAGAGGGGCGUCCUGUGUCUGGCCACACAGAUACCACGGCUUCAGCAAAGACAGAUCUCACGUCUUUGAAAAAUGUGGAUCCCAUGUCUUCAGGCAAGGUGGAUCCAGUUUCUCUGGGAAAGAUGGACCCCAUGUGCUCAGGAAAGCCAGAGCUCUUGUCCCCUGGACAGGCAGAGCAUGGGUCUGUGGGAAAGGCAGGAACUGUAUCCUCAGGAAAAGAGGACCCCGUAUCUGUGGAAAGUAGAAAGACAUCAUCUGAGAAAGUCAAUCCUGAGUCUUUGGGAAAGACAAACCCUGUGUCUUCAGGUCCAGGCGAUACUAGGUCCUUGGGGACAGCAGGUCCCCCAUCUGCAGUAAAGGCUGAGCCAGUAACUGGGGGAAAAGGAGAUCCCCUGUCUUCGGAGAAGGCAGGUCUGGCGGCCUCUGGAAAGGCGGCUCCCACAGCCUCAGGGAAGGCCAAGCCCCUGGAGGCAGGCAAGGAGGACCCUGUGAGCAGGGGAAAGGCAGACGCUGCCCCCUCUGGACAAGGGGACUCUGUGUCUAUAGGUAAAGUGGUCUCAACUCCAGGAAAAGCAGUCCCGGUGCCCUCGGGGAAGGUGGAUCCCGUGUCCCUGGGAAAAGCAGAAGCUAUCUCAGAGGGAAAGGUGGGUUCUCUGCCUCUAGAGAAGGGGAAUCCUGUUAACACCACAAAGGCGGAUCCCAAGGCCUCCGGGAAAGCAGAGGCGCAGUCUGGCGGCAAAGCAGAAACGAAGCUCCCUGGGCAAGAGGGCGCCACAGCACCAGGAGAAGCAGGGGCUGUGUCUUUGAACAAGGAGACACCGCAGGCCUCAGAGAAGGUGGAUCCUGGAUCCUGCAGAAAAGCAGAGCCCCUUGCUUCAGGGAAGGGAGAGCCUGUGUCCCUGGGGAAGGCCGACUCUGCACCUUCCAGAAAAAUGGAGUCCCCAUCCUUGGGGAAGGUGGCCUCCCUGACUCUGGAGAAGACCAAGCCGUCCUCCUCCUCCAGGCAGUUAGACGGCAAAGGCCUCGGCUCAGCCCGGUCUCCCGAGGGUGCCAGGGGCAGUGAAGGCCGCGUGGAGCCGAAGCCCGAGCCUGUGUCCAGCACCGAGGCCGCCAGCCUCGGCCAGAAAGACCUGGAAGCAGCUGGGGCCGAGGGAAGCCCCCGCCUAGAGGCCGCAGCGACCCCACCGGGACCGCGGACUCGCGACAACUUUACCAAGGCGCCAUCGUGGGAGGCGAGCGCCCUGCCGCCGCCGCGCGAGGACGCGGGCACUCAGGCGGGCGCGCAGGCCUGCGUCUCAGUGGCCGUGAGCCCCAUGUCUCCGCAGGACGGCGCUGGGGGCCCGGCCUUCAGCUUCCAGGCGGCGCCUCCCGCGCCCAGCCCCGCACCCAGACCGCCCUCGCGCCGGGAUGCGGGCCUACAGGUGUCGCUGGGCGCCGCCGAGACGCGCUCCGUGGCCACUGGGCCCAUGACACCGCAAGCUGCCGCGCCGCCCGCCUUCCCCGAAGUGCGAGUGCGGCCGGGCUCAGCUCUGGCGGCCGCCGUGGCGCCCCCGGAGCCGGCUGAGCCCGUGCGAGACGUGAGCUGGGACGAGAAGGGCAUGACGUGGGAGGUAUACGGCGCCGCCAUGGAGGUGGAGGUGCUGGGCAUGGCCAUCCAGAAGCAUCUGGAGCGACAGAUCGAGGAGCACGGCCGCCAAGGGGCGCCCGCGCCGCCGCCCGCUGCCCAUGCGGGCCCCGGCCGUUCGGGCUCGGUGCGCGCCGCGCCGCCCGAUGGAGCCACCAAGCGUCCGCCCGGCCUCUUCCGCGCGCUGCUGCAGAGUGUGCGCCGGCCGCGGUGCUGUUCGCGAGCGGGACCCACGGCCGAGUGA